GCUUUUCUGAAUUAUUCGAAAACGACUAAUUGUACCAGGGUUCAGAAGCGCUUGCGGCGAAGCUCAUUUAUCAUAACUGAUGAAAAGAUCGCGUGACGUUUAUUAUUUUACCUCAACCAACGUGAAGAACGCGUCAGCAGGCAGUAGAGGAGGACGCCAUUGAAAGAAGAGAAGAAAGCUCCACCACAGCUGGUCAUAGCUUGCAAUAAAUCUUAUCCCAGAUCCACCUUGACAGCAUUUGGCUCUUGGAACAAUUAGAGCAAGGUUGCCUUUGGAAACCUCUCCAUUAUUCUAAACAGGAGCAGUUCUGAUGUGCCUGAGAUCACAAGGCAGAAUUCGAAUCCGUGCUGUUCUCUCGGGCGUGCUUAUUGGCCUGGGAGUGGCGGGGUUUUUGGUCAUGUGGACGAACGUAGGUGUUUACAUGAAGCGAAAGCCUGUAGUGAGACACAAUACUGGAAAAGAUUUCCGUGGACAUACUACCGUUAUCACUAGAUCAUUUGGAAAACAGAUGAACACAGAUAAACCUGUUAUACAAGAAAAUGAACAAAGUGCAUUAGAUGAUAAAACUACGUUUAAUGAUGGCCCCAUUUCUUCAGAUACAGUAAACUCGCAGAUCAACCUGUACAAAGCUUAUGGUCACGUCAAAACCAUCCUGUUUUUCAUUGGUUAUUCGCGCAGUCGUCACACUCUUCUUGGUUCUUUACUGGAUGCUCACCCGCACAUGGUUAUAGCAGACGAAACAAUGGCUUUCUACAAGUGGAGCUCAAAACGAGACAUAUGGUUGAACGGCUCAAUAUACGCGUAUUUUGACACUAUGUUCUACUCUUCACAGCGUGCAGUCAACCAGGGAAGAAGGUCUGAAUUAUUUAAAGGAAGUGUUUUGAACACAACCUCUAAGUUUCGGUAUUAUGUGCCAAACCAAUGGCAAGGAAACUUUGAUCAGUACAUUGAGGUCAUUGGAGACAAGUCAGGAGCGCUUUCAGCGAUUGUCAUGAACAGAAAGAAUUCGUUGGACGCUGUUCACAUUUUAGAGAAAACUGCGGGCGCUAAGGUCAAAUUUGUUCAUGUUGUGAGAAAUCCGUUCGACAACAUUGCGACCAUGGUUCUGAAGCAUAAAAACAUCAAGGCACGGCAUGGAGAACAUAGAGUAAAGGUAAAGGCUCCUGAUGAACUUGAAAGAAAAACAAAGUUUUACUUUAGUUUGGCCAAAGGAUGUAAUAAGGCCAGGGAAGCUUUUCCAGGCAGCUUCCUUGAUGUACCCAGCAUGGAGAUAGUCAAGAACCCUGUGGAAACCCUAAGAAGAAUCUGUCAGUUCCUGGAAAUCACGUGCACAGAGCAAUAUCUCCAGGAUUGCGCAGCCAUUGUGGACCCGGUCCCCUCUAUAACACGUAAUUUUAUAGAAUGGACCGCUGAACAAAAGAACACAGUGUACGACAUGAUGAAAAAGUACCCUUUUUUCGAAGGGUAUUCUUUUGAUAAGUAAAUGCAAUUGUUACUACUUACUAAGUCGUCAUAAAAGAUGGGCAAGAACAUGAGCGCUGUGUAAUAUUAGUGUUUGUCGUUCAUUUUAGAAAAUAGCAAUGAUAAUAAAGUAAGUGAAAGUUUAGUCUUCAGAUCCGGCUUGAGCAAAUGGUUGCCUUUCAUGUAAGACUUAAACCGUGUAGAUAAGCUUAGAUUUCCUGAGGGUUCAGACUAGGCGUUAUUGUAUCAAGUUUAUUUUAACAUUAUUAUUUCAAUCAAGAGUGUAAUAAAAUUGUGUUGUUAGGAAA